AUGCUCGGAAACGUGGAGGCUGCUAGGCAGAUCCAGCCAGUCGCCUCCCUUCUCCAUCCAAUUUCUCGGGCACAAGGACAACCACGGCGCCGACGCGUGUCGACACGACAACAACCAACUCCUGUCGCUCUUGCCCGCGUCGGACCGCACCGAGUCCGACAAUCUGGCCGCCCUGGCUCACCAUAUCACGGCCUGCGUCGAAAAGGAGCUCGACUUGCGCCGGGACCAGUAUUCACGGCUGGCUUAGAUUGCGGGUCGACCCAUGCUGCCACGUCUGCUGCACCGCCGUUGCUGGUCGACCGAGUUGUCAUCGUCACGGAGCGGAUGGACAUGCAUCUCGUCUGGACGACCGGCCGAAUAUUCCUCAAACCUAUCCCCCGCUUCCUGCUCGAGCUGCGCUACUGGGAAGAGUACCUCCCCUGCCCGUUAGUUAAUUCUUUCUAA